UCGGAGAUUCGCAUUGUGAUUUGUAUUUUUAGUUGGAAUCGUGUUGUUUUUGGGUCGUGUAAACAGCCGGUCCGACUGUGGGUUACUCUGUCAGCGCAGUCUGCGACCGCUGUCGGACGGCGAUAUAUUGCUGGAUGCCGCGACUUCGCGCUAAACAAAUAGUAUUGCCGCAAUUAAGAGUCUAAACUACGAUAGUAAACUUCAUUAAAAUCAGUUCAGUUUUGCCUGAAAGAGACACAAUAAUACAAUUAAAUUUUACGUUUCCUAUAUAGUAUGCGGUCGGAACUCAGAUCAGUGAGUACUAGACGCGACAAUGUGCCCAGUCAUUGCGAUACGGGCACCUCUUGCGCGAUUACCAUACAGAUGACCAAUCCUGAAGCUGUGGGGUGCGUGGAGCGGUUUGCGACGUUUUUGUCAAUUCUGCUCGUGAUCAUCACAUUUCCGUUUUCAUUGUUUGAAUGUUUUAAGGUCGUCCAAGAAUUCGAACGUGCUGUCAUAUUUCGCCUCGGAAGGGUACGGAAGGGAGGGGCCAGAGGUCCAGGUCUAUUCUUUGUGCUGCCGUGUAUUGACACCUAUAGGAAGGUCGACCUAAGAACUGUCUCCUUUGAUGUUCCACCACAAGAGGUCCUGACACGGGACUCGGUGACAGUGGCUGUGGACGCCGUGGUCUACUACAGAAUAAAGGAACCACUGAAUGCAGUAGUACGAGUCGCAGAUUACAGUGCGUCAACGCGGCUGCUAGCUGCGACGACACUACGGAACGUACUCGGUAUGAGGGAUCUGGCUCAGCUCCUGUCAGACAGGGAGGCCAUCAGCCACAUGAUGCAGGCCAACCUGGAUGAGGCUACCGACCCCUGGGGAGUGGAGGUGGAGAGAGUGGAAAUAAAAGACGUCCGUUUGCCUGUACAAUUACAACGAGCAAUGGCAGCGGAGGCGGAAGCGGACAGGGAGGCGCGGGCCAAGAUCAUUGCAGCCGAAGGAGAGAUUAAAGCAUCGAAAGCCUUGAAAGAAGCGUCACUAGUCAUGAUCGAUAACCCUAUGGCUUUGCAGCUCCGUUACCUUCAGUCUCUGAACACGAUAUCGGCGGAGAAGAACUCAACGAUAAUAUUCCCGUUCCCCAUGGAUUUCCUCAAGAGUUUCAUGAGUAUGCCAGGCACCAGUGUCUCACCAUCACCUGCACUGCCUAUUUAAUUUAAGUGCCAUCGUACAAAUUGAUUCUUAGGCAGUUGACGGA